GUGUGUUCGAGCUGUCUUGUCAAACAUUUUCAGUACCUUACGUUAACGUUAGCUCAUGGCAGCAGUGCUCUGCUAAAGCUAGCUGUCUCGCGCGAGCAUAGCGUGUAGCUUAGCUUCCUGUAUAGCAUAGCAUAGCAUAGCCAGAGUUAGCACUGUAGGAGCAGGUUCAGUAUAUAUUUUUUUUAAACAUAGAAAAGCGUCUAUCACAAGAUGGCGCGACAUUGUAAUUUUUUUUUUUUUUUAAAUGUGGUGGUGUUUUUUUUUUAGCACUUGGUUCCCUUUGCUUGUCAGUGGAGUAGGCCCAAACGCUAGCCUGUCUAGCUAACUAGCUAUACUACGUUUAUACAUAUUUUUUUAAACUUUAAUAUUCCCUACAGAUAUCUAACUAAAGUACACUGCGUUGCUGUUCCUCACUUCGUGUGUCAAGUUUAAUGUUUAAUAUUAGACAAAACCGAAGUUGAAUAGAUUAAUGUUAAUAUUUAGCUCAGCCACCUGGCCUUAGCCUGCUAGCUAACUUGGCUAAAGCUGCUUGUAACUAAGGUAAGCUGAGUUAGCUAGCAGGCUAGCUCUGAACAAUAGACUUCACUAAUGUUCGCUUUAACGUUUUUCUUUAUUUCCCACCCACUACACAAACCUAAAAUUUUACGGCACGUUUAUGUAUUUUUUUCCUAUCCGGAUUUUAUUAAUUUUCGCACAUGAUUGUCGCGUGUGUUUGUCAGUUUGUGUUAUUUCAGGUGUGUUUUUGUGACCAGGUAUAACUGGAGCUAUGCCUAGGCAUCAACGUUUAAAACUUAUUGACCCAACAAAUGUUCAGGGUUUCUUUUCCAUUUAUGAUCAAUUUAGAUGAACUACUAGGAGUUUAUCAUUAUUAGAGAUGUAUUGAUACUAUUUUUCUGGUAUUUGUUGAUGUAGCAGAUGAGUGACCUCUGCCCUAUUCGGACUGGAUUAAUUAAUCAGGUGGAAGUCUGUAAUGCGUCUCCUCACAUCUGGAAAGCACUAAAAUGACCACAGGAUGAUGCAAAUGAUCAGCAAGUUCAAAAGAACCAUAAUCACAAUGUGUUUGUUUUGUGAUUGAAGGGGGAGAAAGACAUUUGACUGCUUUUACUUGGUGAAUUUAGUUCCAUGGCUCGUGUACGUCAGUACGUUUACAUGGACAACAAUAAUCCGAUAUUAAGACGAUACUCUGUUUAAGAAACUACCAUGUAAACAGCGGUUUCUAAUUACCCUAAUCGGACUAAAGUCAUACUCGAAGUAAACACAAAUCGAAUUAAGAUGUGGAGUAUUCCUGUUUUAGUCACAUUAUUGAAGUGCAUUACAGACAUGUACACACCUUAAUCACACUAUUAACGUCGUGUGGGUGUUUUGACCGCAUUUUGCGACAGGACAAACACGGCAGUGCUCAACCGUUUAACUGUAAACAACAGAGCACGGCUGCGUCCGAAACUGAGUGCUUACUUUCUAUAUAGUAGGUGAGUACGUGGUUUCGGAUGCAGCCCGCAGCUUCUAGCAGUCAUCUAUUUGCACGUAUAGCAUGACUAGUAAUCAACUGCACUUGAAGCUUUCGUAAAAUUAAAAAAGAAACACCCAAAACUGUAUACGGUACCAUAACUAAGACCAACUGUAUGUUGAUGCGUGAAAUUCUGGAGGGAACGGCUUGGCGUGGGGACGUAAUGACGUGUGGUGUUAAUCGAUCUAUGUUCUAUAACAUGUUAAACGGGGACAUGAAAGGAGUAUUUUAAAAGCGACUCAUGUAAACACCUUAAUCACAAUAUGAUCUUAUUCAGAAUAAAGUCAAUAAUUAGAUUAUUUCUGUCCAUGUAAAAGUAGUCAGUGACCCUCUCUCGGAUAUUAAAUGGUAUCAAAACAAAAAACAGAAGCUUCUGGUAUAGUUUGUGAUUACGUAUUGUUUUCAAAUUGUAGCUCGAGCUUUGGUUCGCUCCAAAGUGAAAUAAGCGCCAGGGUCUCCAUCUUCUUCUCCAGUACCUCUUUGACAGCUUGGAUGCUGGGUCACAUGACGCACGUAGCACAAACAUUCGGGUAGGUAGAAAAUGCAACCUGCUCGAAACUCUCUCCCACGCUGGUAAUUUUAUCGCAGAGGAGACACGUAGAAAUCGCUACAGACGUUCCUGCUAACGAACGAAUCCGGUCCGAAUAGGGCUCAAGUACGCAGUGCAGUUUUAGGAGUCGUGGUUAUUAAAAAUGACCGUAAGGUGUUGCCCUCGAGGAGAAGACAGGAAGUGCACGUGUUAGUGCUCGCGUUCCUCAUGUUCACAGGUACCCCACUCUCGGUUUGGCCAUCCUCGCGCUCUCCCUCUUUAUUAAAGACACUCUUUAAAUGCUUCAAAGAUGUUUUAUCCAGUUUCCUGUUUUGUAGGAAGAUGUUGGAAUUCCUCCUCUUGAUAUUUUCAUGGACAACUAUUUGGAGUCUGAGUCACUGUCUGUAAUCGCGAAAUUUGUCAUAAAAGACCCCGAUCGUGGUCAUCUCUGGUCAUUAGCGUGACUGCGUACACUAGGCUGGCGUCAUGAAGUACUUUCUACAAGUAAAUGAACACGGUGUUGGACACCAUUUCCAGUAUCGUUAUUGAAGCAUCCCUAAUCGAUACUGAGAUGUGACGGCUGAUCCCAAUGUCCUCUAAAGCCAGUGACAAAGUUGUUUUUGGUCUUGAGCUCAGAUUAGUGGUCCUAGAACGCAUGUGGUGAGGUCCAGUUUGUUGAGAGAGCUGAUUACGGCGUUAUGGCUGUGUCCCAGAUAUUUCACUAGUCUUAAAUCGACCAACAGGAAGACUGCAUAGAGUGACCAAAACUCACGGGAUGGCUACAAAUACAAUAUCUCAGAAAAAAAUAUACUUACCUCAACCUUACUUUGAAGGAUGUGUGUGGUUCUGUGAGAUUGUUUUUGGCGCACGCUGGUUGAUGAUACAAGGCAGAACAUAACUUUCUUUAAACGCAUGAAUUAAUUGCAAUAAACAGUUAGUCAUUUUAAUACCAUUUUAUGCCACUGAGAUGUAUAUGUGUGUGUAUAUAUGUAUAAAUAAAUAAAACCGCAUAAUCAUUCAAGUACACCCUAGAGCAAUGAACUUUUAAUUCUUGAGAAUGUUCAGGAAUUGGAAUGUCAAAUCCUAAAUAAAUGAAACAUGAAUAAACUACAACCACGCAACCAAAACAAUAAAUAAAAUAGGCUGUAAUACAAUAUUGUGUAAUCUUUAUGCUUUAGUUAUUUGUUGUUGGUGUUUUGGUGCGUUGUUACGGGAAAAAAAGCGUAUUCACAACGUGACUUAUCGUUCUACCUAGCGCCUUACUUAAGUUUAAGUACACUUGUGCAUUCGUGUCAUUUUGUGUAGAAUCAGGUUGUAAUAUUAGGAUUAUGUUGUAUAAAUGUCUGAUUAAUCUCGUGUGUAUAGGCAUCCUAUGGGGGAGUUCGUUAACCUGCUAGUAAGAACUUCUACGUUUUGGAGUAGAAAAACAGUCAUGUUUUGUCCAAGUAGAUAUCGGAACAUUUCAUGUGUGGUUUGUUGCAUCUUUUUUUUUUCUUUCCUUUUUCUAAUGAGUUACAGUGUAAAAUUGAUAUGACUUCCUGUUGCAACUUUUUUUUUUUUUAAAUCUGCUUUAGUGUUGUGGCAGGAAAUAAAAGCACUGUGGGAUAAGUUCAUCUAAACUUGGGUGUAGCGUUCCAUUCAAUGUCUAACCCGCACUCGCGCUGAGAGACCGCACGCCGAAUUACGACCCACCAAGACGGACCUUUCUGGAACGCACGGACACUUUGACACCAGUGGGGGGGGAGGGGAGCAGAAGUAACCCAUCACUGAAGUGACUAAAGGGGAAUAAUGGUGAUUUUGCGCCGGGCUCGGCCGCCAGCUUCCGCCCCGACCAGCAAUGAAUCUUGACUCGCUCUCGCUGGCUUUGUCUCAAAUCAGCUACCUGGUGGACAAUUUAACCAAGAAAAACUACAGAGCCAGCCAGCAAGAAAUACAGCAUAUUGUGAAUCGUCACGGCCCUGAGGCAGACAGACAUCUACUACGCUGUCUCUUUUCCCAUGUGGAUUUCAGUGGCGAUGGUAAAAGCAGUGGUAAAGAUUUCCACCAGACACAGUUUCUGAUCCAGGAGUGUGUGUCCCUUAUCACAAAGCCAAAUUUUAUCUCAACUCUCUGCUACGCCAUUGACAAUCCCCUGCAUUAUCAGAAGAGUUUGAAGCCAUCGCCACAUUUGUUCCCUCAACUCAGUAAAGUUCUCAAAUUAAGCAAGGUUCAGGAGGUGAUCUUUGGCCUCGCUCUUCUGAACUCGAGUAACGCAGACCUACGAGGGUUUGCGGCUCAGUUUGUGAAGCAGAAGCUUCCGGACCUCCUGCGCUCGUACGUGGACGCCGACCUUGGAGGGAGUCAGGAAGGUGGCUUCCAGGACAUUGCCAUAGAGGCUCUGCAUCUGCUGCUCUCGCACCUCCUCUUUGGGCAGAAAGGCACCAGCGGAGUCGGGCAAGAACAGAUUGACGCCUUCCUGAAAACACUGUGCAGAGAUUUCCCGCAGGAGCGCUGCCCUGUGGUGCUCGCACCACUACUGUACCCUGAGAAACGUGACAUUCUCAUGGACAGAAUCCUGCCAGACUCUGGAGAGUUAGCCAAGACCAUGAUGGAGAGUUCCCUCGCAGAGUUUAUGCAAGAAGUUGGCUAUGGCUUUUGUGCAAGUGUUGAUGAAUGUAGGAACAUAAUCCUGCAGUAUGGAGUCCGUGAGGUGACGGCCAGCCAGGUGGCCAGAGUGCUGGGCAUGAUGGCUCGCACUCACUCCGGCCUUUCUGAUGGAAUCGCACUACAGUCCAUCUCGGCUCCGGGCAGCGGCAUCUGGAGCGACGGGAAAGACAAAAGUGAUGGCUCUCAACCCCACACCUGGAAUGUAGAAGUUCUGAUUGACGUCGUUAAAGAGCUGAACCCCAAUCUGAAUUUCAAAGAGGUCACUUAUGAGCUGGACCAUGCAGGCUUCAUGAUCCGGGACAGUAAAGGGCUGCAGAUUGUAGUGUAUGGUAUUCAAAGAGGCCUCGGAAUGGAGGUCUUCCCCGUGGACCUCAUCUACAGACCAUGGAAGCAUGCAGAGGGACAGCUCUCUUUCAUCCAGCAAUCCUUGAUGAGUCCGGAGGUGUUCUGUUUCGCCGAUUACCCCUGUCAUGCCGUCGUCAUUGACAUCCUCAAAGCUCCACCUGAGGAUGACAACAGGGAGAUAGCCACCUGGAAGAGCCUGGACCUGGUGGAGAGUCUGCUGCGACUGUCUGAGGUGGGCCAGUAUGAGCAGGUGAAGCAACUCUUCAGCUUCCCCAUCAAACACUGUCCGGACAUGCUGGUGCUGGCACUGCUGCAGAUCAGCACGUCCUGGCACCAACUGCGCCAUGAGCUCAUCUCCACACUCAUGCCCAUCUUCCUGGGCAACCACCCCAACUCUGCCAUCAUCCUACAUUACGCCUGGCACGGGCAGGGCCAGUCGCCAUCCAUUCGGCAGCUCAUCAUGCACUCGAUGGCAGAGUGGUACAUGAGGGGUGAGCAGUACGACCAGGCCAAGCUCUCGCGCAUCCUGGACGUGGCUCAGGACUUGAAGUCUCUAUCGAUGCUGCUAAAUGGUACUCCGUUUGCCUUUGUUAUUGACCUCGCUGCACUUGCCUCUCGCCGCGAAUACCUCAAACUAGACAAAUGGCUGACUGAUAAAAUCCGAGAGCACGGGGAGCCGUUCAUUCAGGCAUGUGUGACUUUCCUGAAGAGACGCUGUCCCACCAUCAUGGGAGGACUGGCUCCGGAAAAAGACCAGCCAAAAAGUGCACAACUGCCUCCGGAAACUUUGGCUACUAUGCUGGCUUGUCUGCAGUCCUGUGCUGGGAGUGUCUCGCAAGAGCUGUCUGAGACAAUCUUGACCAUGGUGGCCAACUGUAGCAACGUGAUGAACAAGGCUCGCCAGCCUCCACCAGGAGUCAUGCCGAAGGGCCGUCCAACCAGCACCAGCAGUCUGGACGCCAUUUCCCCGGUGGACCCUCUUGCUGUGAUGGGCUCUCUAAAUCUGGGCGGCACGGCCACUUCUCACACGCAGAGCAUGCAAGGCUUCCCUACACCUCUGAGCUCGGCCUUCAGCAACCCUCAGUCCCCUGCCAAGGCCUUCCCCCCUCUGACCAACCCCAACCCGAGCACGCCCUUUGGGGGCAUCAGCAGCCUUUCUUCGCAGCUCCCAGGCCCGUUGAGUUCAGGCAGCUUAAGUGGGAUUGGUUCAGGCUUGGGCAUGCCAGCAGUGAGCAGCGACCCUUUUGGAACACGGAAGAUGAGCACACCGGGGCUGAACCCGCCCACCUUCCAGCAUUCUGACCUCUCUCAGGUGUGGCCCGAGGCAAACCAGCACUUUAGUAAGGAGAUUGAUGACGAGGCCAACAGCUACUUCCAGCGAAUCUACAACCAUCCCCCUCACCCCACCAUGUCUGUGGAUGAGGUGCUGGAGAUGCUGCAGAGGUUUAAGGACUCAAACAUCAAACGGGAGCGGGAGGUGUUUAACUGCAUGCUUCGCAACCUUUUCGAGGAGUACCGUUUCUUCCCUCAGUACCCAGACAAAGAGCUGCACAUCACCGCCUGCCUGUUCGGGGGCAUCAUCGAAAAGGGCCUGGUUACCUACAUGGCCCUUGGCCUCGCCCUGCGAUAUGUCCUGGAAGCAUUGCGCAAACCCUACGGCUCCAAAAUGUAUUACUUCGGCAUCGCCGCACUAGAUCGGUUUAAGAACAGAUUGAAGGACUACCCACAGUAUUGUCAGCACUUGGCCUCCAUAGGCCAUUUUCUGCAGUUUCCUCACCAUUUGCAGGAGUAUAUCGAGUAUGGCCAGCAGUCCCGUGACCCUCCGGUGAAGAUGCAGGGCUCCAUUACCACACCAGGCAGCCUGGCUCUGGCUCAGGCUCAGGCCCAGUCCCAGCCCCCUAAAGCCCCUCAGCCGGGUCAAGCCAGCACCCUGGUGACCACCACAACCACCACUACCACCGUUGCCAAAACCUCCACCAUCACCAGGCCCACUGCAGUAGGUUUUAAGAAGGAUAUGCCACCGUCAAUAAACACCACAAACAUAGACACGUUACUGGUGGCUACAGACCAAACGGAAAGGAUCGUGGAGCCUCCAGAGAACGUUCAGGAGAAGAUAGCUUUCAUUUUCAACAACCUGUCCCAAUCCAACAUGACCCAAAAGGUCGAAGAGCUGAAGGAGACAGUGAAGGAGGAGUUUAUGCCCUGGGUGUCUCAGUACCUCGUGAUGAAGCGUGUCAGCAUCGAGCCAAACUUUCACAGCCUUUACUCCAACUUCCUCGACACUCUGAAGAAUCCGGAGUUCGUUAAAAUGGUUCUGAAUGAAACCUACAGAAACAUUAAGGUUCUCCUGACCUCUGACAAGGCAGCUGCAAAUUUCUCUGAUCGAUCCCUGCUGAAGAACUUGGGCCACUGGCUUGGCAUGAUCACCCUGGCUAAGAACAAACCCAUACUUUAUACAGAUUUGGAGUUGAAAUCUCUGUUACUGGAGGCUUAUGUGAAAGGCCAGCAAGAGCUGCUCUAUGUGGUCCCCUUCGUGGCUAAAGUCCUGGAGUCUAGUCUGCGUAGUGUGGUUUUCAGACCACAGAACCCUUGGACCAUGGCCAUCAUGAACGUAUUGGCCGAGCUACACCAGGAGCAUGAUCUGAAGCUAAACCUGAAGUUUGAGAUUGAGGUGCUGUGUAAGAACCUGUCUCUGGACAUUAAUGACCUGAAACCUGGGAACCUGCUGAAAGACAAAGAGAAGCUGAAAAAUCUGGAAGAGCAGCUGUCUGCACCAAAGAAGGAAACAAAGCCACCUGAAGAAAUGCUGCCGAUAGUCACUUCAGCUGCUCCUUCAGCUCCUGCGACCACAGCGACCACCGCCACCACGGGGCCGCCCACACCGCAGUUCAGCUACCAUGACAUCAAUGUGUAUGCACUAGCGGGCCUGGCCCCACACAUUACCAUCAACAGCACUAUCCCGCUGCUGCAGGCACAUCCACAGCUGAAGCAGUGCGUGAGGCAGGCGAUCGAACGCGCCGUACAAGAGCUCGUUCACCCCGUGGUGGACCGCUCUAUCAAGAUCGCCAUGACUACGUGUGAGCAGAUCGUCAGGAAGGACUUUGCUCUCGACUCUGAGGAAUCACACAUGCGCGUCGCCGCCCACCACAUGAUGCGCAAUUUGACUGCCGGAAUGGCCAUGAUCACCUGCAGAGAGCCGCUUAUUAAUAACAUCACCGCCAACCUGAAAAACACCUUCGCUGCUGCCCUCAGGGCUCCCACACCCCAGCAGAGGGAAAUGAUGGAGGAGGCGGCUAACCGCAUUGCUCAGGAUAACUGCGAGCUGGCCUGCUGCUUCAUUCAGAAGACUGCUGUGGAGAAAGCUGGACCAGAGAUGGACAAGAGAUUGGCCACUGAGUUCGAGCUGAGGAAACAUGCUCGUCAGGAAGGUCGGCGCUACUGCGACCCCAUGGUGCUCACUUACCAAGCAGAGCGCAUGCCAGAGCAGAUCCGCCUUAAGGUGGGUGGUGUGGACCCUAAGCAGCUGGCUGUUUAUGAGGAGUUUGCCCGCAAUGUACCAGGCUUCCUGCCCAGCAACGAUCUUUCUCAGCCCACUGGAUUUCUGGCCCAGCCUAUGAAGCAGCAGCAGGCGUGGCCUACGGAUGACAUGGCUCACAUCUACGAUAAGUGCAUCUCUGACCUGGAGCAGCACCUGCAUGCCAUCCCUCCAGCUUUGGCCAUGAACCCACAAGCCCAGGCCCUGCGCAGCCUCCUCGAGGCUGUGGUCAUGGCACGCAACUCCCGCGAUGGCAUCACUGCACUGGGCCUGCUGCAGAAAGCUGUCGAGGGUCUGUUGGACGCCACUAGUGGUGCAGAUGCAGAGUUGCUGCUGAGUUACAGAGAGUGCCACCUGCUGGUGCUGAAGGCACUGCAGGACAGCCGUGCUUACGGGCCACAGUGGUGCAACAAGCAAAUCACCAGGUGCCUGAUCGAGUGCCGUGAUGAGUACAAGUACAACGUGGAGGCAGUGGAGCUCUUGAUCAGAAAUCACCUCGUCAACAUGCAGCAAUAUGACCUGCACCUUGCACAGUCGAUGGAGAACGGUUUGCACUACAUGGCGGUGGCGUUCGCUAUGCAGCUGGUGAAGUUGCUACUGGUGGACGAACGCAGCGUGAGCCACAUUACCGAAGCGGACCUGUUCCACACCAUCGAGACUCUGAUGAGGACCUGUGCACACUCCAGAGCCAGUGCACCGGAAGGCCUGCCCCAGCUGAUGGAUGUGGUUCGCUCCAAUUACGAGGCCAUGAUCGACCGUCACCACGGAGGACCCAACUUCAUGAUGCACUCUGGGAUCUCACAAGCAUCUGAGUACGACGAUCCCCCAGGCCUGCGUGAGAAAGCGGAGUAUCUGCUGAGAGAGUGGGUUAAUCUGUACCACUCGGCUGCUGCUGGCAGGGACAGCACCAAAGCCUUCUCUGCCUUCGUGGGUCAGAUGCAUCAGCAAGGCAUUCUGAAGACUGACGACCUCAUCACCCGAUUCUUCCGGCUGUGCACGGAGAUGUGCGUAGAGAUAAGCUACCGUGCUCAGGCCGAGCAGCAGCACAACCCGGCCGCCAGCGCUGCCAUUAUCCGCGCCAAAUGCUACCAUAACCUGGACGCUUUCGUCCGCCUCAUCGCCCUGCUAGUCAAGCAUUCCGGAGAGGCCACAAACACAGUCACCAAGAUCAACCUGUUAAACAAGGUAUUGGGCAUUGUAGUGGGUGUGCUGAUCCAGGACCAUGACGUGAGGCAGGCGGAUUUCCAGCAGCUACCCUACCACCGCAUUUUCAUCAUGCUGCUGCUGGAGCUUAAUGCCCCUGAGCAUGUACUGGAGACCAUCAACUUCCAGACCCUCACUGCCUUCUGCAACACCUUCCACAUCUUGAGGCCAACUAAAGCACCUGGCUUUGUAUACGCCUGGCUGGAGCUCAUCUCACAUCGAAUCUUUAUAGCCAGAAUGCUGGCACACACCCCACAGCAGAAGGGAUGGCCCAUGUAUGCCCAGCUGCUGAUUGACUUGUUUAAGUUCCUGGCCCCUUUCCUGAGGAAUGUUGAGCUUAACAAACCUAUGCAAAUCCUCUAUAAGGGCACCUUGCGGGUUCUUCUGGUCCUGCUGCACGACUUCCCAGAGUUCCUGUGUGAUUAUCACUACGGCUUCUGUGAUGUGAUUCCACCCAACUGCAUCCAGCUGAGAAACCUGAUCCUGAGUGCCUUUCCCCGCAACAUGAGGCUUCCGGACCCCUUCACUCCCAACCUCAAGGUGGACAUGCUAAGCGAGAUUAACAUCGCUCCACGCAUUCUCACCAACUUCACCGGUGUGAUGCCUUCCCAAUUCAAGAAGGAUCUGGACUCGUACCUGAAGACUCGCUCUCCCGUCACUUUCCUCUCCGAGCUGCGCAGCAACCUGCAGGUGUCCAACGAGCCGGGAAACCGUUACAACAUCCAGCUGAUCAACGCUCUAGUGCUAUAUGUAGGCACGCAGGCCAUAGCCCACAUCCACAACAAGGGCAGCACGCCUUCCAUGAGCACAAUCACCCACUCGGCACACAUGGACAUCUUCCAGAACCUUGCGGUGGACCUGGACACUGAGGGCCGCUACCUGUUCCUCAACGCGAUAGCCAAUCAGCUGCGUUACCCGAACAGCCACACGCACUACUUCAGCUGCACCAUGCUCUACCUGUUUGCCGAAGCCAACACCGAGGCCAUUCAGGAGCAGAUCACUCGGGUACUACUGGAGAGAUUGAUAGUGAACAGGCCGCAUCCCUGGGGACUCCUAAUCACUUUCAUCGAGCUGAUCAAAAAUCCUGCCUUUAAAUUCUGGAGCCAUGACUUCGUGCACUGCGCGCCGGAGAUCGAGAAGCUGUUCCAGUCUGUAGCUCAGUGCUGCAUGGGGCAGAAGCAGGCCCAGCAGGUGAUGGAGGGCACGGGUGCCACUUAGGCUGCAGGAACUGUUCCUUCCUGAGUCCAGCAAGAGAAACGCCUCUCCAGUCUUCCCUUUAGCCCUCCACCGGCUCCCGGCUCCUAUCCGCUCAUCUCAUCUCAGCCAGCACUGGUGGACUACCUUCACAUUUAACAGGGACUGCCGCUCGCCCACGCUAAACUAUUUAGGAAUGAUGAUGUUCUUAGCAAAGGGGGGGGGGACUGUUAAACAGUCUAUAAACCAACUUCAGUGUAAAUAUUUAGAUAAGGGACGAGCAGAUUUUGCGUCACCUUUCCCUCUUGCUAGCCAAAGCUGAGUUCUGACAACAAGCAUGAUCACAUGCUUUAACGUUUUGUUUUUCACUUCUGGUGCACCCAGAUGCUUUUUUUAUUUUAUUUUAUUUUCCUUCCUUCCCCAUGCUCCCUUGUGCUCUUUUUCUUUUUUCUUUUCUUCUUCUCGCCUUUUUUGGGUUUGGAAGCCUAAUUCGAGUGUUCACAGAGGCUGUCUUUAAUUUUUCCAGAUUUUAUUUUUUUUUGUUUUAAAGGGAGCUCUAUCGGUGUGGAGAGCUGACGGGCUCAGGACCCGCGCUGUCCUAGAGUGCAGAGGCGCUUUUUGGAGUCACUGGUUUUUGCACCGGUUUAAGACAGCGGGUAGGAGGUUCUCCCUGGCACUUGUAAAAUUGUGGAAAUAUUCAGAAAUUUGACGGUAAUUUGAAUCUUUACAGUUUGUACAAAGAUCCAAAUUGCAGAACACAAAGGAGGACCAAUACAGCCCAUUUUGUAAGGAUUUUGAAUGUUUUGUAAAUGUAUUGGUCCGUGUGUUGUAUUUUGUAGUUAUUUCUAGUUGCCUUUAGUUCUUGCUACUUAUUUCCUGUAUGUAUGCAUUCUGUAGUUGGCUGCAUUAAACACUUGAUCUGCA